AUGGGUUGUACUCAGAAUCUUGAUUCGGAUACUGAUGAAUCAACAUCAAAGAAUGUCCAUAGCCAGAGAACCGAAAGCAUAUCUGGCUUUGUCAUGCAAAGAAUAAUAAGGUCAGGAUUUUCUUCUAUCUUUUUGUCUCCUGACAAUACAACUUCGCGUCCUACACUAUCCCUCGAUUUCUUACCUUGUUCUGUAAAGAUUGAGGCUUCGACAAACCAAGGUCUCUUGCUUUGCACGCAUUUCCCGCCACAUAUCGAAACAUUCCGAAGACCUUUGCAUUACAAGAUUGUGAGAUUUUCUCAGCCUAAGUUUCGUACGGAUAGAGAUUCCUAUCGAUUUAACAAUCUUCGAUGCGAGGUUUUUGAUUCAAAGAUCCAUGCAUGGAAGCAACUGAAGGAAGUAAUUUUGUCCGAGUCAUUCCUUGGUUUUAAUCCUGCUGUAUCUGCUUGUGGUUCACUUCAUUGGCUUACGUUUGGAUGUAAAAUUUUUGCCUUCCAUGUGAAGGAAGAGAUAUAUAGCAUGAUUUCGCUACCCGAACCGGUUCGUAAGAAUUAUCAUCAAAAGAUCAUGAUGCUCGGUGAGUUUGAGGGAAAUCUUGCCCUAAUAUGUAAAGAGGAAGGCGAACGUUUCAUGGAGCUAUGGAUCAUCGAGAACUAUGAUAGAAAAAUAUGGAAGAAGAAGCAGAUAGUGAACUUUGAAGCUUUAACAAAAGAGUUACCAUAUAUUAUCCUUACUGGCGUCUGCAAUGCUAAUGUUGCAUUAAGGGAUGGAAUUGAUAAGUUGACAUUUUUCAACUUAAAAGAUGGAAGAACUAAACCUUUGAGACUGGAGAUGGGCUUUGAUGUUGUGGAGACCUUUUCAUUUGAGUCAGAUUUUGAGCCUUAUGUGGAUGAAUCUGUGUUGGAGGAUCCAAGAGGAAACCAAGAACAAGAGAAUUGA